AAUAAAUAACUUUUAAUAUUUGUAAUUGUUGCAAUGUAAAAAAUAUCAAUAUUUUAUGUGUGCCACCCUUUAAUUUAUCCGAUAUGUCGACAUAGGCAAAUUUAUCGACAUAUAGUAGUGCAAUCGGUGGUGAAUCAAUAAAAUUCUCAGCUCUAAAAGCAGGCUUUUGAAAUUUAUUAAGUAAAACAGAAAAAUAAUUGUACAAAAAAAAAACAUGGAUGAGCUAUUAAACGAAGUAGUUCCCCACGAAGAUUUGGAGAGAUUUGAGAAGAAAUAUCACCAUGAACUUGAGUUGGAUGGCGAGAUAACAACAGAGACAAAGUUUGAAUAUGCAUUCUGUCUUGUGCGCAGUCGAUAUACAAAUGAUAUACUUAAGGGUCUUAUGAUAUUGGAGGAAUUGGCCCGUUCUCAUCCAGAGGGGAGGCGUGAUUACAUAUAUUACUUGGCCUUUGGAAAUGCACGAAUUAAAAAUUAUACUGAAGGGUUAAAAUACUGCAGAGCGUUUUUGGAUAUAGAAACUAAUGACCAAGUUCGAUCCCUUGAGGAAUAUAUUAAAAAACAAAGUGACAAGGAAAUCGCAAAGGGAAUGGCCGUUGCUGGGGGAGCUGCUCUCGUACUUGGCGGCAUAUUAGGACUCGGAAUUGCUAUGGCUAGAAAUAAACAGAAGCGUGAAAAAUAGUGACUUUGGGUCUUUGCAUGUACAUAGCUUCAAUAUGUCUGAAAUUAGCUUGCUUCCCUAACAAUCACAUCUAAGUCAACAAAAUGAGGUGGCAGAGCUGGCUUAUAAACACGUUUGGAAGUGCUUUGAAAAUAUUGAUAAAUAUCAAAUUUAUCUUUUAAAUUUAAUUGUUAUAUGUACUUACCGUAUUGUAUGCGAUAGAUUUAAAAUGAACAUAAUAAAUUGUGCAAUCGUUAUCACUUA